AACUAGGUAAUUACAGUUUAUAGCUGUUUCCAAAACAGAGGUCCUAAGGGCCAUGGAAGCAGAGCUCUUUCUCACCUUCGAAGGUAAAUAUUGAGUAGAGAAUAGAGAUUAUGCAAGGAGGGUUUUGAGAUAGGGAGAGGGGGAGACAGAAAAAUGGAUCAACAGCAAUUGCUCUUACAACACCAACAACAGCAAUUUCUCUUGCUACAACAAUUACAGAAGCAAGCCCAACAGCAGCAGCAGCAUCAACAAGCGGGAGCCAUUGCACGAUUUCCUUCCAACAUCGAUGCCCACCUCCGCCCCCCGGGUCUCCAUCGUCCUCUCAAUCUCCAACAGCAAAACCCUAACCCUAAUUCUAAUCCCCAUUUGCAGCAGCAGGGAUCCAAUUUGGGCCCAAAUACGCAGCAACUGCAGCAUUCUGAGCAGCAGCAGCAGCAGCAGCAAAAACAACAGCAGCAGCAGGGGAUCCGGCCUCCUGUGAACCAGGUUGAGCUCCAGAUGGCUUACCAGGACGCUUGGCGUGUCUGCCACCCGGAUGUGAAGAGGCCAUUUUCUUCGCUAGAGGAUGCCUGUGAAAGAUUACUACCUUAUCAUGUAGUAGCAGACUAUGAAGCGGAGGAGGAUGAUAGAAUUCUCGAUUCUGACACAACAGGUCAAAUCCCUUCUCGAAUUCAGCAAUGGGAUUUCAAUAUUGCAGCCAAAGUUGCAGAAUUCACAGGCACAUUUGAGAAACAGGCCCUAGCUUUCAAUAUAAUAAGCCGCAAGCGAGCACUGGGGGAAUUCCGGUCUGAAGAGAGAUUGAUGAUUGAGCAGAUUCUUCUCCAGGAGGAGAAGCGGCAAUUGUUUGAGCUGAAAACAGAAAUGGAAAAAGCUGGUAGGGAGGCUCAGUUGAGAAUGGCAGCCAUCGCCCAGGCGGAGCAAGGUCGUGCAGAACCACAUGGUCAUUCUGAAAUGAUGUCUCGUGCUCCAAUACGGACAAGUGCCCUUGGAUCACAAGGCAAUAAUGUUCGAAUUAGUCAUGACAUGGGAGAGCAGGAACAUGGUGGAAACCCUGAUCAGAUGAUGAAUGGCUGGGGAAACAAUGCACCGAAAGAUGAGAAGGAACCAUCUGAAGAUUUCUUAAACGAUGAGGAGACUGAAAAUGGAGAGACUGAUGCCCAGGGCAAAUGGCGAGAAGUUGGGGAAUUUGAUCUGAACUCCAGAUGAAUAAUGAAGAUGCUGAACAAGAAAAAGAAAAUGUCAUUGGAGGAUCAUGGAACUACUUUCAUGGCAGGAGAACUGAGAAGAACUGCACUCAAAUAGUGAUUUUCUCUCACAGUGGAAAGGACGAAGGAGAAAAUAAGAAGGCAGCUUGCUAAUAUAUUGCAGUGAAUAGAAUUUUUCUUAGUAGCUGGAAAACUUCGUAGUUCCUUGUUGUACAUUUACCAGUUGCUGAGACUAUUGCUUGCCCUCCUAAUUCUAAGUGUAAUACACAAGUUGUCAUUUAUUGUACACCUAAAAUGAUGAAGGAUGAUGAAACUGCUUUUUUUAUUAUUAUUAUAAUUUUAAUUGAGAUUUGAAUUUUAAAUUAAUUUUUAAGGAAAA